AUCCAGCUCUGUUUAUUUUGGAACAAGGUCGCCAGCUGCUGCCUGUCACUGAAUGAAUGGGAGAGGACAGCAGGCCGACUACAGCUGACCCCGGGCAGAGCUGCUGGCACCAUGAGGAGCAGGAGUAACUCCGGCGUCAGGCUUGAUGGAUAUGCCAGGCUUGUCCAGCAGACCAUCCUGUGCCACCAGAACCCAGUCACUGGUCUGCUGCCUGCCAGCAAUGAACAGAAGGAUGCCUGGGUCCGAGACAACGUCUACAGCAUUCUGGCUGUUUGGGGCUUGGGCAUGGCCUACAGGAAAAAUGCUGACCGCGAUGAGGACAAAGCUAAGGCAUACGAAUUAGAGCAGAGUGUUGUGAAGCUGAUGCGUGGUGUCCUACAUUGUAUGCUCAGACAGGUUGAAAAAGUGGAAAAAUUCAAGCAUACACAGAGUACAAACGACUGUCUUCAUGCAAAGUACAAUACGGCUACAUGUAGCACUGUCGUAGGUGAUGAUCAGUGGGGACAUCUGCAAGUUGAUGCUACCUCACUGUUCCUACUGUGUCUGGCGGAGAUGACCGCUUCAGGACUUCGCAUUGUGUUUACCCUGGAUGAAGUGGCCUUUAUACAGAAUCUUGUGUUUUAUAUUGAAGCUGCUUAUAAAGUUGCUGAUUAUGGAAUGUGGGAGCGAGGAGACAAAACUAAUCAAGGAAUCCCUGAACUUAAUGCCAGCUCUGUGGGGAUGGCCAAAGCUGCCCUGGAAGCUAUUGAUGAACUGGACCUUUUUGGUGCUCAUGGAGGUCCCAGAUCAGUGAUUCAUGUUCUGCCUGAUGACGUGGAGCAUUGUCAGUCAAUCCUGUGUUCCAUGCUACCAAGAGCUUCCACUUCAAAAGAGAUUGACGCAGGUCUGUUUUCUAUCAUUUCAUACCCAGCAUUUGCAGUGGAAGACAUAAACCUGGUUAAUGUGACCAAAAAUGAAAUCCUCACAAAAUUACAAGGAAGAUAUGGCUGCUGUAGAUUUCUCAGAGAUGGUUACAGAACCCCAAGAGAGGACCCAACUAGGUUACAUUACGACUCAACAGAGCUGAAAUUGUUUGAAAACAUUGAAUGCGAGUGGCCAAUAUUCUGGACGUAUCUAGUCAUUGAUGGUGUUUUUAGGGGAGACCAAGUUCAGGUUCAGGAGUACAGAGAAGCUCUAGAAGGAGUACUGAUCAGAGGGAAAAAUGGGGUUCGCCUUGUGCCAGAAUUAUAUGCUGUCCCACACAACAAGAUAGAAGAGGAGUAUCAUAACCCUCAUACAGUUGACCGCGUUCCUAUCGGAAAAUUGCCACAUAUGUGGGGACAGUCCUUGUAUAUUCUUGGAGCUUUACUUGCUGAGGGCUUUUUAGCACCAGGAGAAAUUGAUCCCUUAAACAGAAGAUUUUCAACAGGCUUGAAACGUGAUGUUGUAGUGCAAGUAUCUGUUCUGGCUGAAACAACCGAGAUUCAGAAGAUGUUAAAAAAUCAUGAUAUAGACGUACAGAGCUUCAGUGAUGUCCGACCAUUUCGAGUGCAGCCUGCUAAAAUAUUGAGCCAUCUCUAUGCAAAACUCGGAAUUAAUAAAGCCAUGAAACUAAGUGGGAGGCCAUAUCGUUACAUAGGAGUAUUGGGAACGUCUAAACUCUACACAAUUAGGAAUCAGAUCUUCACGUUUACUCCGCAGUUUACAGACCAGCAUCACUUCUACCUAGCGCUGGACAGCAAGAUGAUUGUUGAAAUGCUCAGAAGUGAGCUAGCAUACUUGACUUCAUGCUGGAGAAUGACUGGAAGACCAACACUCACCUUCCCCAUCACUAACUCCAUGCUGAAUGACGAUGGCACAGACAUAGAUCCCGCUAUUCUUGCCACCAUUAGAAAACUUGAGGAUGGAUACUUUGGAGGUGCAAGGGUAAAACAUGGCAGGUUAUCCGAUUUUCUUACUACAUCGUUUUUCACUCACUUAAGUUUCCUGGAUUCUGAUUGUGAUGAAAAGCUUUUUGAUGAAAGUAGUGAAGGCUUCUCUAGUCCAGAUAAUGAAUAUGAGUAUGAACUAGGCGGAUUUCAGGUGGACCACGGUGAAAAUGAUGAAGCCCUGGAUGAGCUUGAUCAGUAUAUAAACCAGUUGCAGCAAAGUGUUGGAGCUACAACACACUUACCUUCCAUCUCUACUAACUCCUCGAAAUUCCAGGCAUUUAGUGCUCUCCAUUCUACUCGUGACAUACUCUCACUAAUGGCCAAGUCAAAGGGCCUGGAAGUACCCCAUUCAUCUUUGUUUCUACCUGCUAAAAAUUUAAGUGGUCAUCGAAAGUCUUUAAAUCUCUUAGAGGUUCCUCAACUUAACAAACCUCAGACAACAGAGACAGAUCUAAAUUUGCCGAAAGACUCUCAUGGUAACGUGGACUGCAAGAAACUAGUGGAGCAGCUUAAAGAGUGUCCUACUCUUCAGGACCAGGCGGACAUUCUCUACGUACUGUGCGUCAUAAAAGGCCUAGACUGGGACACUAAUCUGAAUGACCACAGUGGAGUAACAGUUCGCUGUCUGCUAAGUGAACUGUAUAACAAAGCAGGCCACAACCGAGAAUGGGGUCUGAUCCGCUACAUCUCUGGUUUACUGAGGAAGAGAAUGGAAGUUCUGGCAGAGGCAUGCACUAUAAUCCUUUCACAUCAAAAGCAGCUAACCGUGGGGUUGCCCCCCGAACCUCGAGAGAAGACAAUUACAGCACCUUUGCCUCCAGAUGAAUUGACUCGUCUGAUCUAUGAAGCAAGUGGGCAAGAUAUUAGCAUUGCUGUGCUGACACAGGAAAUAAUGCUGUAUCUGGCCAUGCAUGUCAGAUCUCAGCCCAGUGUCUUUGGAGAGAUGCUCAGACUGCGUAUUGGCCUCAUCAUCCAGGUGAUGGCCACAGAACUUGCAUGCAGCUUGAACUGUUCAGGAGAAGAAGCCUCAGAAAGUUUGAUGAGUCUUAGCCCUUUUGACAUGAAGAAUCUUCUUCAUCAUAUUCUGACUGGGAAAGAAUUUGGCGUGGAACGUAGUGUGCGACCAGUUCAAUCGUGUGCAACCAGUCCAGCCAUCUCCAUUCAUGAGAUGGGACACACGGGUGCCACGAAGACUGAAAGGAGCGGCAUUAUUCGGCUACGAAGUGAAAUGAAACAGUUUCAGACGGAUAGGAGAUUUAGUGCCGAUGAUCAGUUCUUGUAUGGUCAUUCUGUAAGCAGCAGCAUCUACUCAUCGAGAUCGACGAGAUGUAGUAGUCCUUCCUCUCCUACGGGAACUAUGUCUCCUACUGCUUCCACUGGAACCCAGCUUGUUUGGGAUGAUCACCAAGGCCAAUGGCUCAGAAGAAGAAGGUUAGAUGGAGCCAUCAACAGGGUGCCUCUCGGGUUCUAUCAAAAAGUGUGGAAUCUUCUCCAGAAAUGUCAUGGUUUGUCUAUUGAUGGAUACGUCCUUCCUUCUUCAAGCACAAGAGAGAUGACUGCUUAUGAAAUCAAAUUUGCUGUACACGUCGAGUCUGUCCUCAACCAUGUUCCUCAGCCGGAGUACAGACAGCUGCUAGUGGAAGCAAUACAUGUACUUACAUUGGUAUCAGAUAUGGAUGUUGACAGCAUUGGUGGGAUCAUCCUCGUGGAUCGUAUUGUGCACAUGGCCAGUGAUCUGUUUCUUCAGGACCAGAAAGCCUUGGGAGCUGGAGAUUUUUACCUCGAUCAGGAUCCAGCAACUGGGAUCUGCAAUUUCUUGUAUGACAGCGCUCCUAGCGGUGCCUUUGGUACAAUGACUUACCUGACCAAGGCUGUGGCCACUUACUUGCAAGAUUUUUUACCAAGUUCUAGUUGUAUGAUGCAGUGAACCGUCAGGGUUAAAUAUAACGUUUUGAACCAAAUACUGUAGUUGUGCUUCAGCUACACGAAUGCCUUGUUUUUGGUCUUGGUCUCGCUUGUAAGCAAUGCAAGAAAUUCUCAUUUGUUACUGCAAAAUUACAGGCAAGUUAUUCCAGCGGAAAUUUUUUAAUUAUAGUUUCAGCUGAAAACUGUUCUUGUAAGUAUUGGGAGGUGGAAAACCAGAAUUUUACUAGAAAAAAUAUUCACAUAAUAUUUUAUUGUAAUAUAUAGAAUAUUUUAUGAUCUUAGUUUGUUAUUAAACUGGUUAAUAUAUUUUUGGUUAAUAUAUUUAGACAUAAUAAAAGAAUCCUUGUUAAGUAGAAGACAAGAGAACCUUGGGUUUCAUGUUGUACACAUAAGUAAUAACCGAGACUUAAAUACAGUAUAACUAGUAAUAUUAUUCUUAUACUUUUUUCACUUUAGUUGGGUCACAUAAUGAAUUAUUUCCAACUAAAAUUCUCUUUUACUUUCCUACUAUGGGUGGAGAUUAAUUAUCGUAUAACUUAAUGUGGUGUUUCUCUCCCAGCAGUACUCCCUUUAUAACUAGUGAGCAGGGAAGUUAGUGACUAGGGAGCCGUUCUUCUAAACUGGGCAGUCCAAAGCAGCAGAAAAUAAAUAUAGCCUAUAGUGCUACAUCAUUUUCCAUAGAUUAGCUAUGGAAGUUGACUGGUUUAUGGUAACAUUCCUGGGGUCUAGAGCUUAGAAGGUAUUAACGUCUGCAGCCCUAGUGGUCUAGGGCAGUGACAGGAUUAAUGACGGCAACCCUGAUUCUCAAGGGUAUUAAAGUGGUUAAUAUCUGCAUCUCUGGCGGUCUAGUGCAGAGAAAGGGUUAAGGUUAUAUAACUUGUGUCCACCUCUACAGGCUCUAUCAUUGUCUGGUGAAUGCAUCCCUGGUGGUCUAGAAUAGUGAGAGGUUUUGUGUCCGUAUCCCUAGUGACUUAGGGCAGAGAAAGAGUUUACCUGAUCUUCUAGAGCAGAGAAAAGUUUAUCUCUAGAGCAGAGAAAGGGUUAAGGUUACAUAACCUGUUUCCAGUGGGUUAUUCACUACUCCAGGCUCCAUUAUUGUCUGUAGUAGGAAGACUGAGAAUAGAUUAGGGGUUAAUGUCUGCAUCCCUGGGGGUUUAGGGUAGUGAGGGGGUUAAUGUCAGCAUCCCUGGUGGUCUAGUGCAGAGAAAGGGUUAAGGUAACACAACUGGUAUCCAAUGGGUUACUCACACCUCCAGGCUCCAUCAUUGUCCCUUUAGUAGCAGAUAUUAUCCUCUUACACAGACUGCUCCCUAUGGCCCCUUCACUGUUACACAGACUGCUGUUAUGCCCCACAUAUCUUCCAGACUGCACCCAAUGCCCUCUGUCUCGUGCAGGCUGCUGCCCAUGAGCCCCUCUCUUACAGAAACUGUUCCCCAUGGUCCCUACUCUCUCACAGAGACGGAGCGCUAUAGCCAGCAGUAUAAUAUUACAUGGGUACAGUGUCUUGCUAAAAUGAUUUACACAGGGCAGUUGUCGGGAACAAAUGUUAGUAUGAACGCUCAUUCUUGACAUUUGGCCUGUGUAAAGGUGCCGCAGAUCAUAUGAGCAAAAUGCUCCUUCAUCGGGUGAAAUCUAUGUUUCUGGGCAGGAGAUCAUGCUAUGUAAACAGCGAUCUGUGGGCCAGAAACAAUAAAUCUGUAUGAGGACUAGCGAUGGCAGUAGCCAUCACUGAUCUCCAUACAGUGGAGGUGAUUGCUGCAUCCUCCACUGAUGAGCAGGCAAUUAUUGGGAAGCCAUGGUUCACGAUAAUUGCCUGCUAUAUCAGGUCAUGAAUAUGUGCACUAAGCCUUACCUAGUUCACAUUGAAUGGGUGUUUUGAGACUUUACUAUUGAUGACCUAUCCUUAGAAUAGGUCAUCAGUAUCCGAUCGGUGGGGGUCCGACAGCCAGGAUCAACUGUUUAAGAAGGCAUCGGUGUUUGCAGUAGUGCCGCAGCCACCUCUCAGCUUUCCCUAGGUCAUUUGACGUCAAUCACGUUCAUUGAGUGAAUAGGGCUGAGUUUCAAUACCAAGCACUAGGGAUCGACCGAUUAUCGGUUUUACCGAUAUUAUCGGCCGAUAUUCAGUAUUUUGACAGUUAUCGGUAUCGACAUCUAUUUUGCCGAUAUUCCGAUAAUGUAUUGGGAACACAGAUCGCGCUGCUGACAGCGCUCUCCGUGUUCCCUCAGCAGCACAGGGGAGAAGGAAGCAGUGUCUCCCUCCCCCUGUGCUGCUGCUGCCAAUGAGAGGACAGGGGACAAGAGAAGAGAAUUAUAAAUUACCAAUAUUUUAGUGACUUUUAAAUAUUUUUUUUUUUAUUUUAGUCGUUAGAUAUUUCCUUAAAUUCAUAACCAUAAAUUUUGCAAAAAAAUAUCUGUCCAGGACAAAAAAGGAGAUCUAGUCAAUAAAAUGUAUCCUCACUGCUGCUUCCCCUCCCCUCUCACAGCAUUCAGUCUUAUAGAGAGAGUGUGAGAAAACUGCAGCUGCAUCCCCCUCCUCCCUGUCCUCCUAAUUAUUGUUUUAAUUUAAGACAUAUUUAUGGGGGACUGAUGGAGUUUACAUGAGCAGAGAGCCUUUGGGUAAGGAAAGUUAAACUAAAGGCAACUAGAAUAUGAGGUUAACGCGACUUUUAACUAAUAAGGUUUAUUAUAGAGUUUCAUAUAUUCUCAUGUACUAAUGAGUUAUGUUAAAGUAUAGUUACACUUUUUAGUUAUCCUUAAUACAUAGAACCAUGGAUCAUUUAUACCUGCAAACAAUAAUGUAAUGGGGGAGACGGUACAGUCAAGAAGCUCCUGCCAUUAGAGGGUGUAGUUGGGCCCCUGGAUGCCCGCUUACAGCCCCAGGAUUCUUAUAAGACACAGUCUUAUAGCUCACUCACACAACAGUCUUCUGAAUACCAAUGGUACUUACUGCCUGUGCAAAUCUCAGAUUUUCAUGGAAUUCCCAAUUGUUCAGUAGCAAGGAAGUAAAUAUGGCUUAAAAUCGUGUACAUAGUUAGGUGCUGCAGCUAAGAGUGUUACCUUCUGACGAUCUUGUUAGAAAAGCCAUCUAAUGUAUUUCUGCAACCUGCAUGUGUUCUUUUGCAGAAUUGCUGCUAUACUAUAAGUAAAUGUCAUGUUCUCUUCAGCAACAGUAAUAUUGAUCAGUAAUGGGAAUCUGCAUCCAGCUCUAAUAGUCAGUUUGGUUUUAUAAAUCUGUUUAUACAUUUGUUUUUCUGUAUGGGAAAAUGGCAAUCUAAAAUUAAUUUGAUUUUAAUUGUGUUGCAAAAUUUAUGUUCCGCAGAUACAUGUACGGUACUCGUAGGAUGAGCUAUCUUAAAUUUUCUUUGGAUCUGGGAAUAAUCUGUGGUACUGUGCUAAAGUUUAAGGCAGGUGUGGCCAUUCCUAAAGGGGUUGUCCAGAUUUCUUAGUUUUUCACGAUGCUGAUGAUCUAUCCUCGGGAUAGGUCAUCAAUAUCAGAUUGGUGGGGGUCCAACAGCCAGAACCCCUGCUGAUUAAACCACCACCAUGUUAUGCUGCAGAGGUUUAGGGUCCCAAACCUGCCAUCUGUCCCUGCAAGGAGUAGUAAAUGACAGUUGAAGUUACCUGGGGAAGAGUCGCAGAUUCUUCACCAGUGGCAUCCACGGCUUGUAUACUGUGCUGCACCUGAGGUCAGCACACCUUGCUUCACUGCAGUUGCACCCCAAUUACAUGUGCAUGCGCAGUGAAACGUGGACCCGUUGCUGCUGAAGAAAAGUACCAGACCCUUCUCCUGGUAAGUUCAAUUGACAUAUUCUAUUCUUGGCAUGGAGGGAUGGAGUCCUCUAUGGGCAGGAUUAGGACAAUAAUCCCCAGCUGCAUAACAGCAUGCUGGUGGUUUAGUGGUCCCAAACCAGGUUACAGGUUCCCUAUAAUACACUUCUGUCACAGACUAGAAACAUGCAAUGACAGAUGCAGCUGCACAUUCAUUUACAAUUUCUGUAUAUUAUAUAUAGGCUAGGUGAUGACUAGUGAGAGCGCCGUGUGCGCUCCUCAGUGACACUGAAUGUACAGAAUCUAACUGCUGUUAUGCAUAUAGUAUAUAUUGAAUGUGUGAAGAAAUAAUCAAAAAAGUUUUCUGACUACUGAACAUUUCAUAUGACGUGUUUAGCUUGUUUUCCAUUUACUUGCAGAAAUGCGUGUAUGUGUAUUUCUUUUUCUUACAAUUUGUCUCUAAUAAACCAAUAUUCAAUUAAA